UUGGUGGCCGUACAGAGUUCCUACAGACGAGCAGUCGGAGCUGAUGUUGUGAAGAGACCAUUAAUAAUAAAAUAUGAGCCCACGUCAUGAUGUGACGGUAGUUACAAGUCAACCACACAGAGACAUAUAUGGCUUCAUUUUAACAAUCUUUGAAGUAAUUGGUUGUUGCUUUGAAGGGAAGUAAAACGUUCUCCACUCGUUUCAUCAUCAUACUUUCAUUCUGCAGAAUGAAGUCGUGCGUCGAGCUUCUCUUUGUUUCUCUGCUGACAUUAUGUGAAGCACAAGGAACCAUUGUGACUCCUGUGUUUGUGCUGAAGGGACGUGAUCUGCUCCUCAAGCUUCAGGCUGAUCUUCCUGAGAAGUUUUUACUUGUUAACUGGAAAAUCAAUAAAACAGUCACUUUAGUAAGAUUUGAUCCUAGUGGGAAACCAACUGUCAUUCAUAAUGUCACUGGAAGGGUUCAGUCAGGUGAGAAUAAAUUCUCUGUGAUAUUGAAGAAUGUACAAGAGGUCGACAGUGGACUUUAUUCUGCUGUAGCAGGAACACUUGAAGGAGACAAACUACUGACUGAAUAUAAGGUCACAGUUCAAGGACCAGUGUCUCCAGUUGAACUGAUCGUGGACCGAGUGGACUCCAGCAGCUCAGAGUCAUGUGACCUCCAUGUGACCUGCAGGACUCACAACGCUCACAUCAGCAGCACUUUCAGAUGUGUCGACCGGGUCUGCAUUCAAGGGGGAAGAGAGCGACCAGAGGUCACGACCUCUGGGGCUUCUCUCCAGGUCUACCUGUUGCACAACGUGAUCAUCUGUAACCAUAGCAACCAGGUUCACUGGACCCAGGACUUCAAUACGACUGAACAUUUUUGCUCCUCAAAUACUGAUUCUCCCUCUCACCGUGGCUGGGUGAUUGCUGUUUGCAUUCUCAGUGCCAUAGUUGUGGUUCUAAUCGUCUGGCUUUAUAAUGAUCGAAGGAAAAGAAUCAGUUUAAUACUGAAAGAUGAAGUUCUUAUAAAAGGAUCUGUUCAGGACUAUGAUAGACUUCUGAAUGCGAUAUUAGCAUCACAGAAGAACAUGAGCCCAGCAGACGCUUGAGGUUCCUCCUACAGCUCCGUGCUGUCUGCCGCUGAACCGACUGAUCCGCAGACCGGCUUCAAAUUGGUGGAGAAGAUUGACAAUUAAAGAGGAAGGUUUUCCCAAAUCCCCAAAUUCUGCUGGUAGUUUGCAGCGUUAUUGAAGCUUUCUAUGUUUUAUUUCAUGUGAUCUGCUUUAAUGCUGAAAGAUUCUCCUCCACACAAACGUGUCAUUGGAGAGAUUAAAAAUCAAUGAUUAAAUGUUACUGAGCAUCACACACAAGCAGCUUUUUUUAGCAUCACAUUUGGAGAUAUUUUAAUUACAUCUUUUAUAUUGAAGGUCAACUUAGAAAAAGUAAUAAAUAUGUUGUUGUCCUGCAGGAAGCUUCAGCUUUGGUUCCUGGUUUGAUUCUUCAUGUCACUUUUAAUCUGAUCAUUUCCUACAUUAUUACAUUUAGACUUUUAAGGCUUCACCUGAUUGGUGAGAUUUAAGCUGCAUGAUGCAGGAUGCUUCUGUUAUAUUUUUAUUUUAUUUUUCAGACAAAAAAAAGGACUCAUCUUUUCAACUGUGACAAAUAUGUGAAACGUGUCUUUAUUUUAAUAUCAUCAUAUAUUGAUUAUUUGGUAAAAACAAAAAACCUGCGGAUCAGAAUUAUGUACAAUAAAUACCGUACAUGCAGAUAAAUAUGCAAUGUGUAUUUUAUCAUUGUAAAUUGAACCGUAUGCAGUAUUAUACGGUAUAUUUAAGGUUAUUCGCUUACAUAUAGUUGGUCUUGAUUAUACAUUCAAGAUGACAUUCACCAAAAACACAUUGACAUGGUCUUGUGUGUGUGAUAUAUUGUGUGUAAUCAAUGGAUUAUUGCUUUCUUGUAAAAAUGUUACCAUGAAGUUUUUUUCUUGCCAAAAUGCAUCUUUGAGUCACGUUUUUAAUGUCUUUCCUUCACCAGGAAAUAUGUGCAAAGCUGAAUUUAUAAAUCCUUUAAAUCCUAAA